GUCAGACCCACUCACUGAUAAAACCAGAGUUGCUUACACUGGCACUGGCUCUGCAACGAAAUGGUGAGGACUUUGGUACUCCUGGGUCUCUUGUAUGGCAUCUGUCAUGGUUCCCGGAUCCUGGUGUUCUAUCCCGGACCCUCCACUAGUCUGCUCCCCAGCUUCUCUCAGCUGUUCCAGGAACUCGCCCGUAGAGGUCACCAGCUUACAGUGGUCACGGCGUACAAGCUGAGAGGUCUUGAAGAUCAGAACAUUAAGCAGCUUCUCAUGGACCACUCUACAUCUCAUGAUGAGAUGAAGAAUAUUGUAGAUCUACCUCUGUUACCACACAUUAACUUCCUGUGGCAGAUGGCUUUAACAGAUUGUGAGUCCUUAUUUCAAAGCGUAAAGUUCAAAGAGUUUUUACGAGCAAAUGAAACUUACGACUUGUUUAUCGGGUCACCGUUCUAUUUUUUGGAGUGUUCCAUAGCUGUAGCCCAUCACUUGAACCUCCCUGUUUUGAACAUCUACUCUAACCAACUGCAGAUCCACGCAACUCAUCUGAUGGGCCAUGACUUCCCGUCAUCUUACGUUGCUGGGUAUGAUCUUCACUUUAGCCACAAGAUGAACUUUUGGGAACGUUCACUCAAUUCAAUCUUCUGUCUCGGUUAUUCUAUUGGACUCAGCAUGUACUACGUUCCUCGGAUGAAUGGCAUAGUUAGAGAACACUUUCCGCAUCUUCCUCCACUCCAGGAGAUGUUGCCUCAAAUCUCGGUAACUCUACUCAAUACAAACCUGGCAGUUCAUCCAUCACAACCCAGAUUUCCUGGCAUCAUCCCGGUAGCAGGACUUACCAUCCCGCAAAAGUUAAAAUUACCCAAGGAGCUAGAGCAGUGGAUGGAUAAAAGUGAGAAUGGAGUAAUCCUGUUCAAUGUAGGCAGCAACAUCAACAUGACCUCUCUGGCCCCUGAGGUGCUAGAGGUGAUUCUGGGAGUAUUCGACAGCCUCCCCCAGCGUGUCCUUAUGAAGUGGGAGGGUGACGAGCUGGUUGGCAAGCCUGCAAAUGUCCGAAUCAUUAAGUGUAUUCCUCAAGCUGCUGUUCUAGCCCACCCCAAGUGUCGGAUGAUGAUCACCCAUGGAGGUCUCCACUCCUGGAUGGAGGCAGUCCAUUAUUCAGUACCUCUCCUGGGCAUCCUGCCGUCUUUCCUGGAUCAGUUUCAUAACCUCGUAGAGAUGCAGGAAAGAGGCCAUGGAAUAUAUUUCAAAGGGCCUUGGACACAGAACAAUUUCCAUUCUGCCAUCAAUGAAGUUCUGCAUAAUUACAAGUACAGAGAGAGAAUCCAGCAAGCCUCCAAGAUAUUUUGGGACCAGCCUCUGAAUCCUCUACAGACAGCUGUGUUCUGGACAGAGUAUGUGAUACGCCACAACGGCAGCAAGCACUUACUGAGCCCUGCUUUCACCUUACCUUGGUACCAAGCAGCUCUGCUGGACGUCGUAGGAUUCCUUCUACUUUCUGUUCUAGCUCUUGUUCUUUUGUUUCGUGCAGCUCUCCGAGCUUUCAAACGCUGGCUGUUGGACUACGAAUAUAUUAUCUUCAAUAAGUUCCUGAGAAUUUGUUAUAAAUUAAAAGGAAAUUAAAUAUUUAAUAUUAAUUCUGAUAAAUACAGUAGUUUUUCCUCGC